AUGGCGAAGAAGGCAGUGCUGAUCGGGUGCAACUAUCCGGGAACGAAGGCAGAGCUGAAAGGAUGCAUCAACGAUGUGCGGAGAAUGUACAAGUGCUUGAUCGAACGUUACGGAUUCUCAAAGGACGAUAUUGCGGUGCUCAUAGAUACAGACGAUUCUUUCAGGCAGCCAACAGGCCGGAAUAUUCGCAAGGCACUUGCCGAUCUGGUACGAUCCGCCGAGCCCGGUGACUAUCUGUUUGUUCACUAUAGUGGACACGGCACCCGCCUUCCAGCGGAGACCGGCGAGGAUGAUGAUACUGGCUAUGACGAGUGCAUUGUUCCUACUGAUAUGAAUCUAAUCACGGAUGAUGAUUUCAGAGAGCUCGUAGACCAAGUUCCCGAGGAUUGCUGCCUCACAAUUGUGUCUGAUUCUUGUCACAGCGGAGGCCUUAUCGAUGAGGCCAAGGAGCAGAUUGGAGAGAGCACCAGGGGAAAUGAUGAUGACAGCCAUGGAUCUGGUUUUGGAUUCAAGAACUUCUUGAAGCGCAGCGUUGAAGAUGCUAUCGAAUCCCGUGGUAUUAACAUAUCUGAAUUGGGAUUUGGCCGUCAUCGUCGGCACCGGGAUGAGGAUGCUGAGGAAGAAUUGACAGGAGGAGGUCAAGGGUUAGGCUAUAUGAAGAACAAAUCCUUGCCACUUUCAACUCUCAUCGAGAUACUCAAGCAAAAAACUGGAAAGGAUGAUAUUGAUGUCGGCAAGAUAAGGCCAACACUUUUUGAUGCCUUUGGAGAAGAUGCUAGUCCUAAGGUGAAGAAAUUCAUGAAUGUCAUCAUGAGCAAACUCCAGCAUCAUGGCGGAGAGGGUGGGAGUGGUGGGAUUUUGGGGAUGGUCGGAAGUUUGGCCCAGCAGUUUCUGCAGCAGAAGCUUGAAGAAAAUGACGAGAGCUAUGCAAAACCCGCCCUGGAAACACAUGUUGGGAGCAAACAGGAUGCCUAUGCUGGCUCAACCAAACGAGCAUUCCCAGAUAGCGGGAUUCUGAUCAGUGGCUGCCAAACAGACCAAACAUCUGCCGAUGCUAGCCCGUCUGGGAAUGCCAGCGAAGCUUAUGGUGCUCUUAGCAAUGCAAUUCAGGCAAUAAUUGCAGAAUCAGAUGGCCAAGUGAGUAACCAGGAGCUUGUUCUGAAGGCAAGGGAGAUGUUGAAGAGGCAGGGUUUCACGCAGCGUCCGGGACUUUAUUGUAGUGACCAUCAUGUUGAUGCUCCUUUUGUUCGCUAA